ACCCACAAUCCAUUAAUUCAUUAGUGUCUGGAAUAUAGGAUUCCGCUUGCGUGUGUCAGAAUCCACGCUUCUAUAUAGAUGGCCUUGAGAAGACCCAUACAGAUCAAGAGCCAACCAGUAGAGAAGCAGAGGUAUUAGCUAUCUAGCAAUGGCAGCUCGUAGUGGCAACAGGAGGACAAAGGCAGAUCAGUGGCUAUUUGGUGGGAAAUGGAGAGGAGCUGCAAAAGAGAGAAGACAACCUGUUAUCCCUGAGGCUAAGCCCCCAAAUUCCUCUACCAUUCAGAAGGAUGAAGGCAUCUGCCUUGAGAAGUCUAGAGUGCAUCUGCCUGGUUUGGGGCAUAGAGAGAUCAUCGAUGUCGCGCCCGGGAGGAGAUCAAUGCCGGAGAUGGAGAUCAACAUGAAAGAAGUAGUUGCUGUGCUCGGGGUGAAGGUGAUGGCUGCGGACAUGCCGCCGUUCAUGCAACUGCAUGCGUUCCGAUGUGCUAAGCGAUCCCAUGACAGCUUGGACAAGUUCAGCUCGAGGCAGCUGGCCCACGAUGUGAAGAAGGAGUUUGAUAAAGUGUACGGGCCUACGUGGCACUGCAUCGUCGGUACAAGCUACGGUUCCUUUGUGACACACUCUCGAGGCUGUUUCCUCUACUUUUCCAUGGACAAAAUCAUAGUGAUGCUGUUCAAGACCAAGAUCAGGAAAGUGUUAGCAUCCUGAACCUUUGUAAUAAGAUGAUGUACUUUUGUAUGAUACACCUCCAUCAUGAUUCAUGAAGGAUCAGUCUAGUUUUGUGAUACUGACAUGGAACAGAACACCUAACUUGAAUUAUUGUUUUUUUGUGAGUCGCAAGAUGCGAUGUUAGUUACUCUCUGGAGGUGCUGGUGAGUAGCACCAAUAGAAAGAAGGGUGAACAUGGGGCCGUACGGCGCUGCUUUUGUUAUAUACUAGUACAAAAUUAACAGUUGAAAAAUGCAAUGAUGAAGUGUUGCUUCGGUGUACUGUCGUUUGCCGAUGGACAGCUCUGCCAAGCUACAACGAUCACGGUCAAGUUCACGUACUCACGUUGUAAGAUUCCUAAUCAGCAGAUCUGUUUGGGUCAGGGAGGGUCAUUGUAAGGCAUGGUUUGGUCUUGUCUUAGAACCAAAAUAAAAAUGGUUGCCUUG